UUUUUGUUUCGAAAUGAUGAUUGCUAUCAGAAAAAAAAACAAAUAAAACAAAAAUUUGAUGAUGAGAUGAAUUGAGCAAAUAUUUACAUGGCAAAUGCACACACACACACACACAAAAAACAAACUAAUCGAUCGAUGAAUCGAUUAAGAUUCUUGUUUCUAUAGAAUCUAGAUUGAUGAUAAUAACAUAUGAUGAUGACAGUAUCUAUAUAUAUAUAUAUAAAAGCGGUCUCUAUUGACAGAUUUUGUAAACACAACAUAAAUAAACAGACAGACAGACCGACAGCUCUUUUACCUACACUCAUACCCCGCUUAACGCUGCCCCGUUUAGCGCUGAUUCGAUAUAACGCUGUAUAAUUACCCUACAUUGCAUUACAUUGUUACAUUGUAUAUGAAGGGUAAAAAUGCAUUAUGUAAAGAUAGCCCCGCUUAGCGCUGUUUCGCUUAACGCUCAGAAUUUUUGGAACGUAACCCCCGCGUUAAGCGGGGUAUUACUGUAUUUCAUCAAUGAUGAUGAUGAUGAUGAUGAUUUUAUUGUUGCUCAUCAUCAAUAGACCACGCCAUAUAUUUGUGUGUAUAUCUGGUGGUUAGAUGAACUAAAAUAGUGAAAAAAAAUUUUUUUUGCCAUGGAUCCAUUACAAUGGAUCAAUAUAUUCAUGUCUGAUCGAUUAAUGGUCAACAAUGUUGAUCAUUCAAAUGAUGAUGGUGGUCUUUUAGUGUUUGGCCAUUAUGAACGUAGUAUUGAUGGCCAUGGUCUUAAUGUAAACAUUACGGCUACAUUACGACAACGAUUCAACUCAUCGAUAAAACAAUCGUUAAUGAAAAAUGAUGAAAUCGAUAAUCUAGUCUGUUUGGGACAAAUAAAUAUACUCAACGAUUGUUCCAAUCUUACAGAUCACAUUAAUAAUGGUGAUGAUAAUGAAAUGCAAAUGUUUGGCUCGGUUUAUUUGCAAUUGACUAUGCGACAAUCCACUAACAGCAACAACAACUAUGAUGAUGAUCAAUCAUUACCAUAUCAUCUUAAAUCAAUCAGAUUUAUGGGCAAACAAUUCAUGAAUCUGGAUAAAGUGUCCAUUAUUCUAUACGAUGCAUAUCGAUUAAUGCGUUGUCAAUCAUUUGAUCUUUAUACACCGGGCAACAGAAUAGAAUUCCUAAAUUUUGUUUUGAAAAGUCUGUACGAUACAUCAAUCUUAUAUGAAAAUGGUUAUCAUCCUAAAUGGUCAACAAAAAACGACAAUAAUGAUGCGUUGAAUGACAAUGAUAUCUAUUAUGAUUAUAUGAUUGCCAGACAAUUAUCCACAACAUUCAUCUAUUAUUAUGGCCAAGCCAAACGAUAUAAUAAUCAAAAAUCAGCCAUUUGUGAUGAUUUUGCCACCACAUUGACUUCUGAACAAUCUAGAUCAUCAUUACGAUUACCAUAUUUUAUUCUCUAUUUAUUCUGGUUAUUGGAUUUGUUGACAUUCCAUAAAUCAUUGUUUAUUGCUCAGUUAAAAUUUCGUUUACUACAAAUUCGUUAUAUAUUGAAUUUGGCUAAACAAUCUCCAAACAAACAAUCAUUAUCAUUAUGUAAUCUAUUGUUUGCCAUCAUUUUUGAUCAUAUAUUAGGUGUAAUGGCAAUAUUACUUGUGUUUCGAUAUACAAAUCAUUCACAUCUGAUGCAACUAGUCCAUACAAAUGUUGGUUUAUUGUUGAACAAAAUCUAUAAUCUAUUAUUAUUGUUACAAAGUAUGCCAGCCGGGCUAAAAUUGAAUCAUCCAUUCAAUCAAGCACUAUCUCAGGUUAUGUUUUAUCUAAUUUAUCUAUGGCAAAAUUAUAUGCUCAUAUUUCAAAAACUUUUUCCUGCAAUGACAAUUUUUGCCUGUUAUUUUGGUAUAUUUGGUAUCACUUUUACCAUUAGUUUAUUAUCCGAUCUAUUCAAAAUGAUUACCGUACACAUUUUCCUGUUCUAUGGUUAUACAUCACGUGUUUAUAAUUUUCAAACAGCCGGCAUUAUAUCAUUAUGGCGAUUGUUUCGUGGUAAAAAAUAUAAUCCAUUACGUGAUCGUAUUGAUUCAUAUUCAUAUGAAAAUGUUCAUCUUUUUAUUGGAACAAUAUUAUUCACUGUAUUCAUAUUUCUAUUGCCCACCGUAUUGAUGUACUAUGUUGUUAUGUUGAUAUUUCAAUUGAUUAUAAUUGCCAUCAAACAAUCUCUUUUCUUUUUCAUCGAUUUUCUUAGCACAUUACCUCUUUACACUGGAUGGUUAUGGCUAAUCAAUUCUAACAUUGUUUCUGGUCGAAUCUAUUUUCGUAGAAUGAUCACCAACAACAACACUAGCAAACGUCAUGAAAGUGAAAUUAGUAAUCACCGUAAGCCUGCCAUUUUUCGUAUGGAAACAUUACCUGAUUCAUUUAUGAAUCUAUUCAAUGGCCAUAGUGAUUUUGUAGCUCGACAAUUGAAACAAUUUUUAUUGAACAAUUCUUAUCGUAAUGUACCAUUGUUUAAAUGGAGCACAUUUUUCGGUGAUGUUAUACUUGGCCGAAAUGUUGGUGAAAAUCUACCAUAUUGGUUUUCAUUUUUACUCAUGUCUAUAUCAUUAUUUUUGUUCUAUCAAUUUCUGGAACCUUGACAAUGAAAUAGAAUCAAACAUUGCCACAGCAACAGUGUGAUAGAUUUUCACUCGCAAUCCAAUUGUAUUGUUGUUAUUUUGAUAUAUAUUGCAAUUACAAUUUGUCCAUUAUUGUAUCUGUUAAA